UGUUUGUUUUCAUGGUUUGUUUUUUCUGGUGUGCUUCAUUCUGCUUUUUAAAAAAUGUUAAAAUUUAUAAAAAAAAAAAGUAAUUAAUGUAGUGUCCUGACAGAUUUCAACAUUGGAUCUUUGCGUUAUCAUAUACUUGUGCAAGUAAAAGUGAAAAUUAAGGCAACUGUAUAGUUAUUUUUCGACAAAACUCUUGUGCAGAGAGUUCAGGGGGGAAAGCCCAAGAUAAUGGAAAUGUGAGUGAACAAAUAUUUAAUUUGUUUUAAUUUAAUUUCUAAAUUGGGGUUUGAGGUUAGCUCCAGUUAAUGGGUUCAGUUUUCUUUUUUCAGGACAAUUCUAGUUUGUUUUUUUUUUAUUUGCAGUACUAGUAAAUUUCAAGUUCACGUAACAGUCCAGUGAAUUUAUUAUCAGUGUAAUGUCAUCAGAUGCUGUGAUCUUGUCCUAGAGGACCCCUGCCACUCUUUAAGUCACCCACAGGUGUUAUUCUGGUCUUAUCCUUAUUCUGGUUGAUGUCUAAUCAGGCAAAGUGAAAACGCCUGUGUGGGUGAGCAGGGACUCCGACUGCAGGGAAAUAAAAUCAAUUCGGCACACUCCUGAAAUGAGGUUUCACCUGACCACACCCAAAGUAACGACCAAACUCCCCCUGUCAGCCUCUGCACAUCUGAUUAUUCUACAUCCAACAGGCGCAGCGCUCAGAGCCGCCUCCGAGGUUUCACCUCAAACUGGCAGCUGCGACCAGCAUUCAACAGUUUGAAUGUUGGUGUAUUGAUACAGCGUUAUGUGUGAAAGGGAAGGUGAGAGGUGUUUGGCUCCUAAUCCUCUUAGCAGCAUUAUGCUGAGCUUCGUUCAAGCCGUGACAUGCGGUGCGCCCUUGUAGCUCCCCAAAACCCGGAGUCAGCAUCUCUGCGUCCGUUACGCACAGCUGGAGGGACGGUCCGCAGCGGCGAGGGGUCGAGCGGCCGGCGGCACAGUCCUUCCACAGGUUGAAGCUGCCUGCUGUAAAAGAUGAAACACACUGUGUGUACGUGUGUGUGUCUCUUCCCUGUCAGCGGUGUCUUCUCGCCACAUAACGGUGCUGGAACUAUCAAGGAAUAGCAAUGCAUCUGACAUAACUUCCUGUUUGGAGUCGAGACCACAGGGCAAUGAACGUGCACUCGCCUCCGAGGAGGAGACUCAGGCGCAGUCGCGUCCUCUUCCUCAUCUCAGGUGUGCUGCUGUGUUUCGUCUACACGCUGACUCUGAAGGCCAGGCUUUCUCAGCCGCGAGCCUCCGCCCAGACGGAUGACGCUCUCGGAGCAGAGGGGGGUGGUGAUGAUGUCGUGGAGGUCAACAUUCGGGAGGUGAUGGCAUCCAAUGAGACGGAGGAGGAAGAGGAGGUUGUCUCACCUGAAAGCACCAAACCUCCUCUGGUGAUAAUCGUCAACAGUACGGAUAUCGAACAGUGCAUCUACGUAGAUCCUCACCCUCCCAAACCACCACCAUCUCCACCGCCACCAACCACAACAGCUACCCCUAGUCCCCCACUCCAACCCCCUCACAGGAAGGGUGAUUACCCAGAAGACCUCUUCUCAGUGGAGCAGCGACGGCAAGGCUGGGUGGUCCUGCAUGUCAUAGGCAUGAUCUACAUGUUUGUCGCCCUGGCCAUUGUCUGCGAUGAGUUCUUUGUUCCUGGGCUGGAGGUCAUCACCAACAAGCUGGAGAUCUCCGACGACGUGGCCGGGGCCACCUUCAUGGCGGCUGGAGGCUCUGCCCCCGAGCUCUUCACCUCCCUGAUCGGUGUCUUCAUCUCCCACAGCAACGUGGGCAUCGGCACCAUCGUGGGCUCAGCUGUCUUCAACAUCCUGUUUGUGAUCGGCAUGUGCGCCAUCUUCUCCCGGGAGAUGCUGCACCUGACCUGGUGGCCGCUCUUCAGAGACGUAACCUUCUACAUCCUGGACCUCAUCAUGCUCAUCGUCUUCUUCCUGGACAACAUGAUCCUGUGGUGGGAGAGCAUGCUCCUGGUGACGGGCUACAUCAGCUACGUCAGCUUCAUGAAGUUCAACUGUCAGAUCGAGCAUGCGGUCAAGAGCCAGCUCAAUAAGCACAUGAGUAUCGUCAAGGUGUGGACCGCAGAGGAGCCAGAGAAGGAGAGUGAAGCUCCACCAGCACCUCCUCCCUCUGCUGCUCCCUCUGCUGCACCAAAAGAUGAAGAUAAAUCCAAGCGAGAGCCUGAACCGCCUCCGAGCAGCCCUCAAUGCAACAAACCGCCAUCAGAGCCACAAGAGGACAAAGCGAGACUCAGGGUGCGUCCCAUUCUGCAGCGAGGCGGCAGCUCGGCCUCCCUCCACAACACCUCGCUGAGGAGCACCAUCUUCCAGCUGAUGAUCCACACACUGGACCCUCUGGGAGAAGAGGCAGCCCUUAGAGGGGCCCUGAAAACCCCCGGCCCGAGGAAAGCCAGAAGAGAGACAUCCUUUAAUGGUGAUGUCACAGGGGAGGGGUCAGCACAGAGGAAAGCAAAGAACAAAGUAAACCCUCUGAACGUCCCGGUCGUGGGCAAAAAGUCACAUCACCACCACUCUGAAGAUGUUGAUCACAAGCCAAACGCUGAGCAGCCCAGUGCUGCUGCUGCCGCCGGUGCACCAGGGGGCGCUGCAGCCGAGCCGUCCACCUCACAGCCUCAAAAAACAGAAGAGACGAGUGAGAAGGAGACCGCCCAUCCAGAUGAGUCAAAGGCGGCAGCGGGGGGAUCGGGGGGAUCAGAGGGCGGCACUGAGGACGAGAGCAGUGACUCCAGUGAGAGUGAAGAGGAUGAUGAGGAGGAUGAUGAUGAUGAUGUAAACAAGGAGAAAGAAGAAAAGGAAGAAGAGGAGGAGAAUGAACCGUUGUCUUUAGAGUGGCCUGAAACCAGACGCAAACAGGCCACAUAUCUUUUCCUGUUGCCCAUUGUGUUCCCGUUGUGGCUCACGCUGCCUGACGUCCGCAACCUGGCGUCCAGGAAGUAUUUUGUCAUGACCUUUAUCGGCUCCAUCCUGUGGAUCGGAGUUUUCUCCUACCUGAUGGUGUGGUGGGCUCAUCAGGUGGGCGAGACUAUGGGCAUCUCAGAGGAAAUCAUGGGCCUGACCAUCCUGGCGGCCGGUACGUCCAUCCCUGACCUGAUCACCAGCGUGAUCGUGGCCCGGAAAGGUCUGGGGGACAUGGCCGUGUCCAGCUCAGUGGGCAGCAACAUCUUUGAUAUCACUAUUGGUCUGCCGGUCCCGUGGCUCAUUUAUACUCUGUUACACAACGGCGAGCCGGUAACUGUCAGCUCCAACGGCCUGUUCUGCGCCAUUGUGCUGCUCUUCCUCAUGCUCCUCUUCGUCAUCAUCUCCAUCGCCGCCUGUCGCUGGAAGAUGAGCCGAAUUUUGGGCCUCACCAUGUUCGUACUGUACUUCGUGUUCCUCGUCCUCAGCGUUAUGCUGGAGGAUCGCAUCCUCAUCUGCCCCGUUUCCAUAUGAUCUGACGGGCAGAGAGCGAACAGCACCACUGCACAUGACUUAGUACAUCCAGAUAGGAUCAAUACUGUACGUAGGAUAUGUUAGAUAGAAGAACCAAGCCGAAUGUCGAAAGGCUGACCUGACGCACAGUAGACACAUGGUAGAAACACAUAACUAAACGAGUGACGUUAAAGGAAAAAUCCACCCUUAACAUAGUUUUACAUAAUUAGUCUGUGAUCUUCAACAUUUUCCAGCAGCUACUUUGUGAUAACUGUUGUAAUUUAAUUUUCUGUGUCCAAAAUCAUUCCCCAUUUACUACAUACGGCCCUGUAUUUACCCACCGCCAUUUUAUUUGAGUGUCUGAAUUUGAGUUUGACAUUUAUUCAUAUAUAGUGCCCUGAAAAAUUCCCACAAUGGAACAAAUAGUGUUCAUGUAUGCUAUUUUCUGCUUACAAUCCCACAAUGCAAUGUGCCACACAGCAAAAUGUCAGAAAUCUCAAUUUACUGCCCACAAUAAACAGAGUGUCGUCAAUACAGGGAGUAGUGAGCGAUGAAGUGAUUUUUGUACACAAUCCUGGUGUGCAGUUAUCCUCAACUUGCAUCUUCCACUUCAGUAAUUGGUUUCCUACAUUUCCCAGAAUGCAUUUAUGCAAUCCCUUGAGUCGAAGCCUGAAUUGCAUUCUGUGCACAUGGGUAAAUUAGUCUUCAUGAGAAAGAAAAGUGUUCAGACAUUGGUUUAAUCAGGUUUUCAGAGUUGGGCUCAUAUCUCUGUCACCACAGGAGUCAUUGUGCUCUGACAAUUAAAAAAACAAAACAAAAAAAGAAAGUAACACACACCAUCAUUGUGUGACGCGCAUCAAAAUUUAAUUUGUUUUCUUUGUAAGCCCACAAACCAUCAACUAUCGGGUUUUACCACUGUGGGGUGUCAACGUACGUUUUAGACCUGGGAGUCUUGCCUGUUACGUCACGGUCAGCGAGGGGCGAGAGAAUUCGCCUGAACCAAACUUUCAAAUCCAAGCAGACACACGCAAGCUGAUUUUUGAGCAGAAAAAGCGGUUUUUCAGACACAGUGUUUUUUGUUGGUAAAAUCAUCUGUACUGACAUAAAAUUCCAACAGGAAUCUAUGCGAUUAUGUGCAGGGCUCAAUAACAACAAUUGCCUGGGGCAAGUAAAUCUAAAUACAGAAGUAAAAAAGAAUUAAACACCGUUUUUUUUUUUUUUUUUUUUCCUGGAGCAGAAGAUGGAAGUAGCUAAGGAGUGAGCCAUCUCGCUUCCUUCUCAUCUCUGAGAGCUGCACAUGCGCAGUACCGGUCAAGCACAAGCGAGUAUUUCAAUUAUCCUGGAAACAGGAGUAUAGGGGCAAGUAAAAAAAAAAAAAAAAAGUGGACUUUCUCGUUAAACGUACUAUAAUUUAACUUUUACCUGCACCUGUGGGUGUAGAAAUCGGUCCUUAUACCUUUUUUUUUGUCUACGAUUAAUUUCUCCUUGUAUGAUUAUUGAACUUGUGGUGUUAAAUCGCAGGUCUAGAAAGAAACCCUUGUUUUUUUUAUUUUUGGGGGACUGACACCGAAUCACAAACUGUUGUUUUUAGAUCGCUGAUACAUUUUCUGCUCUAAGACUCCACUGUAGCUGCUGGAAAUAUCUGAAUGAGACGUCACAUGAUCUUUGACUGCCCUAUUAUCUACAAUGAAAAUAAAAAUGCUCACAAUAAAAGUAUCAGAGAUGCAACACCACUGACUCUUUUGGUUAACAGUGUUUUGGGGGUGGAGUUUUCCUUUUAAUAUUGUGAGCAUACUGCUUAUGGAACAUCCCUGAGGUGACUUUAAUAGGUGAAUUAAAUUAUGUCCAUUACAGCAGUGAAGGUUCAGAUUCACUGUGCAGCAAUUCAAAACUACUGGAUGCAACUUCAGUCUUGUAUGUUCAGCAUUUUCUGAACUGUAUUCCUAAAACUCUGUUCUGUAUUCAACCAAACUAGUGUUUGUUCAUGUUCAGUGUAUAAAAUGUUUUUGUGCGAACACACAUUCAAUUUUGUCAACAAUAACUGUUGUGGAGAGAAACGUGUGUCAGGUAAAUGUGCAUCAGACUGUCUUAGCUGUGAGAAAAAGCGGACAGGUGUCACGUUGUCAGAUGUUACUGUCUUGUUAAAUGCUCUUGUUGGAUUGAAGUGGAUGCAAACGUGUAUUGUUGAUAGGAAAACUAUCAAUAUUUCAAAUUAAAAUUCCAUGCUGCAAUAAAUUAUUUUUUUAACAGUGA